AGUCGGAGAAAGCGCAGCUGGAGUGUUUCCCGACAGAUGUCUGGCGAGGGUGCGCAGUUUCAAUCAGAGAAGGUAUAGACAGCCGAUGAAUAGCCUACAGGUUAUUUUUGAGAGAACAUACCAUUACGUGGAUAUUUGUUACGCAAACAACCUUCAUAUAUUUUUUAAACCUUAGUCAUACAUUUUUUAAAAAUAAAAUGGAGUAUCACAACAGAACAGAAAUGAACGAAAUGUGCAAUGGUAAAACUGUCACAGAGAUUCACAACGCCUUCGGAGAUUUCUCAAUCAAGGCCAAAAAACACGCAUUCCAGGACAAUCAAGAGGGGUCUCGCAAGGAAGACGAAGACGCAUAUAGGCUGCCAGCGCUGGAGGCUGCCUACACCACCAUUCUCCAGGAGCUGGGAGAAGACACCGACCGCCAGGGUCUUCUCCAGACCCCGCACCGCGCAGCGAAAGCCAUGCAGUUUCUCACCAAAGGCUACCACGAGAACAUCUAUGACAUCCUGAAUGAUGCCAUAUUUGACGAACACCAUAAUGAGAUGGUUAUCGUGAAGGACAUUGACAUGUUCUCCCUGUGUGAGCAUCACCUGGUGCCCUUCUUUGGAAAGGUUCACAUUGGGUACCUGCCGAAUCAAAAAGUGGUGGGUCUGAGCAAACUAGCAAGAAUUGUUGAGAUAUACAGCCGGCGACUUCAAGUCCAGGAGCGACUGACCAAGCAGAUCGCUACGGCCAUCUCAGACGCACUGCAGCCGGCUGGGGUGGCUGUUAUCAUAGAGGCAGUACACAUGUGCAUGGUCAUGCGUGGUGUACAGAAGAUGAACAGCCGCACAGUCACCAGCACCAUGCUGGGAGUGUUCCGAGAAGAUCCCAAAACUCGUGAGGAGUUUCUGGCCCUGGCCAAGGACCGCUGAACCAAUCUCAGCUUCUCCUGAAUACUGCCCUCUACUGGCAAAUCCAGACAAUGCAAGCCAAACUCACACACUCCCACGGUUAGUUCUCUUUCCAUGCACAAGCAACGGGGCUUUUCUUCUACGUGGCUUUUAAAUAGACCUCCUCCUUUGCCACUAAUGCAUGCUUUAGGGCAUUGGAGAUACAACUUGAAAAACAGGCCUGCUAUAUCAGUACUGUAUGUGCAUUACUUUGGGACAGUGCCUAAAAAUAGUCUGUGAGACUUUUAUAAUCUCCUGCAAAGAGGCUUAUGAUUACUUUCAUUGUUUGAUUCCAAAUCAAUGUCCAUACAAACUGACCACAGCCCUUUACUUCCUGAUAUUGUCUAUACAUACAGACCACACAGGCCUUAGUAUACUUCCUGAAAAUAUCCCUUCAUACAGACCACAGGUUUUUUUCUGACAGGUGAAAUGGUCUGUCUGAACUACAGUUGGGCCUGCUUGAAUAGAGCGUUGUGUGUGAUGAUUUUAAAGUGUGUCUUCAGAUGUUUCCUGUAAAAUUUCACAAAAUAAAUGAGACAAUAAAUGAC